AGUGUGCGCCCCGGAAGCCGGAAGCGCCUGACGGCAGCUUUCCGGUGGUGGGAAAGGGAACGAAUCACGAAUCAAAGCGGCGCAUUCUGAGGCAGGUGGGGUGCCAGUGGAAGAGGGACUGCAGGAGACUGUUUACGGCCUGACUUUGGAGGCCCGCGGUCAGCAACUGCAGAAGCAGGAAGCAGCGGAGAGGGAAUGGUGCGGGGAGGCGCGGAGAAGGAGGUGCAGUCCAUCCCUCUCACGGUUAGUGAAUGAGGCUCUCCGCCCGGGCCGGCCCGGGGACAGUGCGCUGCGGGUCCCAGCAUGAAUGCGGGCCCCGGCUGUGAACCCUGCACCAAGCGACCCCGCUGGGGCGCCGCUCCAACUUCGCCGGCUGCUUCGGACGCCCGGAGCUUUCCCAGCAGGCAGAGGCGCGUCCUCGACCCCAAGGACGCUCACGUGCAGUUCAGGGUCCCACCGUCCUCGCCAGCCUGCGUCCCAGGGCGGGCGGGACAGCACAGAGGCAGCGCCACCUCGCUUGUUUUCAAACAAAAGACUAUUACCAGUUGGAUGGACACUAAAGGAAUCAAGACAGCGGAAUCAGAAAGUUUGGAUAGUAAAGAAAACAACAAUACGAGAAUAGAAUCCAUGAUGAGUUCUGUACAAAAAGAUAACUUUUAUCAACAUAAUGUAGAAAAAUUAGAAAAUGUUUCUCAGCUAAGUCUUGAUAAGUCACCCACUGAAAAAAGUACACAGUAUUUGAACCAGCAUCAGACUGCAGCAAUGUGUAAGUGGCAAAAUGAAGGGAAACACACGGAGCAGCUUUUGGAAAGUGAGCCUCAGACACUAACCCUGGUACCAGAGCAGUUUAGUAAUGCUAACAUUGAUCGGUCACCUCAAAAUGAUGAUCACAGUGACACAGAUAGUGAAGAAAAUAGAGACAAUCAACAGUUUCUCACAACGGUAAAGCUUGUAAAUGCAAAGCAGACUACAGAAGAUGAACAGGCCAGAGAAGCCGGAAGCCACCAGAAGUGCAGCAAGUCUUGCCAUCCUGGGAAAGACUGUGCAAGUUGUCAGCAAGAGGAGAUAGACGUCGUGCCAGAGAGUCCAUUGUCAGAUGCUGGCUCUGAGGAUGUUGGUACUGGACCAAAAAAUGACAACAAAUUGAGUAGACAAGAAAGUUGCCUAGGAAAUUCUCCUCCAUUUGAGAAGGAAAGUGAACCCGAGUCACCGAUGGAUGUGGAUAAUUCUAAAAAUAGUUGUCAAGACUCAGAAGCAGAUGAGGAGACAAGUCCGGGUUUUGAUGAACAAGAAGAUGGUAGUUCCUCCCAAACAACAAAUAAACCUUCAAGGUUCCAAGCAAGAGACGCUGACAUUGAGUUUAGGAAACGGUAUUCUACUAAGGGAGGUGAAGUUAGAUUACAUUUCCAAUUUGAAGGAGGAGAGAGUCGCACUGGAAUGAAUGAUUUAAAUGCUAAACUACCUGGAAAUAUUUCUAGCCUGAAUGUAGAAUGCAGAAAUUCCAAGCAACAUGGAAGAAAGGAUUCUAAAAUCACAGAUCAUUUCAUGAGACUGCCCAAAGCAGAGGACAGAAGAAAAGAACAAUGCGAAACCAAACAUCAAAGAACAGAAAGGAAGAUCCCUAAAUACGUUCCGCCUCACCUUUCUCCAGAUAAGAAGUGGCUUGGAACUCCCAUUGAGGAAAUGAGAAGAAUGCCUCAAUGUGGGAUCCGGCUGCCUCUCUUGAGACCAUCUGCCAAUCACACAGUAACUAUUCGGGUAGAUCUUUUGCGAGCAGGAGAAGUUCCUAAACCUUUUCCAACACAUUAUAAAGAUUCGUGGGAUAACAAGCAUGUUAAAAUGCCUUGUUCAGAACAAAAUUUGUACCCAGUAGAAGAUGAGAAUGGUGAGCGAACUGCGGGGAGCCGGUGGGAGCUCAUUCAGACUGCACUUCUCAACAAAUUUACACGACCCCAAAACUUGAAGGAUGCUAUUCUGAAAUACAAUGUGGCGUAUUCUAAGAAAUGGGACUUUACAGCUUUGAUCGAUUUCUGGGAUAAGGUACUUGAAGAAGCAGAAGCUCAACAUUUAUAUCAGUCCAUUUUGCCUGAUAUGGUGAAAAUUGCACUCUGUCUGCCAAAUAUUUGCACCCAGCCAAUACCGCUCCUGAAACAGAAGAUGAAUCAUUCCAUCACAAUGUCGCAGGAACAGAUUGCCAGUCUUUUAGCUAAUGCUUUCUUCUGCACAUUUCCACGACGAAAUGCUAAGAUGAAAUCGGAGUAUUCUAGUUACCCAGACAUUAACUUCAAUCGGUUGUUUGAGGGACGUUCAUCAAGGAAACCAGAGAAACUUAAAACGCUCUUCUGCUACUUUAGAAGAGUCACAGAGAAAAAACCUACUGGGUUGGUGACAUUUACAAGACAGAGUCUUGAAGAUUUUCCAGAAUGGGAAAGAUGUGAAAAACCCUUGACACGAUUGCAUGUCACUUACGAAGGUACCAUAGAAGAAAAUGGCAGAGGCAUGCUACAGGUGGAUUUUGCAAAUCGUUUUGUUGGAGGUGGUGUAACCAGUGCAGGACUUGUGCAAGAAGAAAUCCGCUUUUUAAUCAAUCCUGAGUUGAUUGUUUCACGGCUCUUCACUGAGGUGCUGGAUCACAAUGAAUGUCUAAUUAUCACAGGUACUGAGCAGUACAGUGAAUACACAGGCUAUGCCGAGACAUAUCGUUGGUCCCGGAGCCACGAAGAUGGGAGUGAAAGGGACGACUGGCAGCGGCGCUGCACUGAAAUCGUUGCCAUCGAUGCUCUUCACUUCAGACGCUACCUCGAUCAGUUUGUGCCUGAGAAAAUCAGACGCGAGCUGAACAAGGCUUACUGUGGAUUUCUCCGUCCUGGAAUUUCUUCAGAGAAUCUUUCUGCAGUGGCCACAGGAAACUGGGGCUGUGGUGCCUUUGGGGGUGAUGCCAGGUUAAAAGCCUUAAUACAGAUACUGGCAGCUGCUGCAGCUGAGCGAGAUGUGGUUUAUUUCACCUUUGGGGACUCAGAAUUGAUGAGAGACAUUUACAGCAUGCACAUUUUCCUUACUGAAAGGAAACUCACUGUUGGAGACGUGUAUAAGCUGUUGCUACGAUAUUACAAUGAAGAAUGCAGAAACUGUUCCACCCCUGGACCAGACAUCAAGCUUUAUCCGUUCAUAUACCAUGCCGCCGAGUCCUGUGCAGAGACUGCUGACCAUUCAGGGCAAAGGACAGGGACCUGAGGAGCCGAACGGAUAGCAUCUUCUCCCACCUCCCACCAGAGACGUCCUUUUGAGCUGUCAGGUGUAAUAUAUGAAUUGACUUAAGUUAAUAUAAAUGUGUAUAUAAUCCACAUUUGUAGUCAAGGAUGCAAUCUCUUCCACACAUAUGCAGUUGUCAGUUGAUACAUCUAAACCCCCUCCAUCCUGACUCACGUGGACUUAGAUAUGUUUUGUUUCUAUUUUCUUCUUUUUCAGUUUUCAUUCUUUGAUGUUUAUUUCUUUUGUCCAUCAGAUCUCUUGUGAAAUCCCAUGGAAGGUUGUGCUCAGCCUGUCGGGUCUCUUUCUUCCUGCCCAUAUAUUAUACCAAUUGCUUCUGCAGCCCACAGAUGCCAGCAAUGCCAGGAAACAAGUUGAAAUCCAGGAAUCUCUUUAACUGAUUUUGCUAAAAAUUUCCCUGUGAGCCUUCCACUCAACUCUUAAUAGGCUUGCAUUGUUUAAGUUUUUAAAUUCUGAAAAUUAAUAAUUAGGGUUUUUCUUCAUAUAUGUUGCAUAAUGCAAACCUCCUAGAUUAAAAUAGUUUCUUUAUUUAAGAUAGAAUAAUUUCCAGAAAUUGUCCUUUUGAGAUAAUCACUUUUAUCUAUAAUGGUUUGUCUGUCUUUUUUCUUCUGAUCAGUUUUUUUUAUACCAGUUUUGAAAACUGAGAUGAAAGGAAAUGUGGAAUAAAAGGGGGUUUUCCUGAUGUGGUGUAAAGAAAACAGAUUCAAGAGAAUUGAAGAUUUUUUUUGUUUCUUGGUACUUUUUUCUUUUUAAAUUAGGACUAAUGUUUCUUUUGUGGUGCUUGAGGCAUAUUCAUAUAACCAAAGUUUGGGAACUGGGAACUUCAUGCUGAUUUGUACAUAAUGAAGUUUCUCAGGUAUUCAAAGGUUAUAUAGUGAAUAAAUUUUCAUUAAUAAAUCACUUUGUCAGAAAUUCCCAUAUCAUCUAUAUUUUAUAUAUGUAUAUAUAAACAUAUGCUCUUUAAGUGUGUCUAUAUGUGAGCACAUAAAAUCUAAAUAAAACUGGACUGGUGGGAAACAAUUAGG